AUGGCGGCCAACAACAUGCUUAACCCCGCCGCGGACUUCGACCAGGAGGAUAGGGCCUUCGCCGCGGAAGUCGAGCAGGUCAAGAAGUGGUGGAGCGACUCUCGAUGGAGGUACACGAAGCGACCCUUCACCGCCGAGCAGAUUGUGUCCAAGCGUGGCAACCUCAAGAUCGAAUACCCCGGAAACCAGCAGUCCAAGAAGCUAUGGAGGAUCCUCGAGGGCCGAUUCCAGAACCGCGAUGCCAGCUACACCUACGGCUGUCUCGACCCUACGAUGGUGACUCAGAUGGCCAAGUACCUUGAUACAGUCUAUGUCUCCGGCUGGCAAUCUUCUUCCACCGCCUCCUCCACCGAUGAGCCCGGUCCCGAUUUGGCCGAUUACCCCUACACCACCGUCCCCAACAAGGUCGGCCACCUCUUCCAGGCCCAGCUCUUCCACGACCGCAAGCAGCGCCAGGAGCGUCUUACUACCCCCAAGAACAAGCGCGCCGGUGUCGCCAACAUUGACUACCUCCGACCCAUCAUUGCCGACGCCGAUACUGGCCAUGGCGGUCUCACUGCCGUCAUGAAGCUCACCAAGCUCUUCAUCGAGAAGGGUGCCGCCGGUAUCCACAUUGAGGACCAGGCUCCCGGAACCAAGAAGUGCGGUCACAUGGCCGGAAAGGUCCUUGUUCCCAUUAGCGAGCACAUUAACCGCCUCGUCGCCAUCCGUGCUCAGGCCGAUAUUAUGGGCACCGACCUUGUCCUCGUUUGCCGAACCGACGCCGAGGCUGCUACCCUGAUCUCCACCAGCAUCGACCCCCGUGACCACGCCUUCAUCCAGGGCACCACCAACGCCUCUCUCCAGCCCCUCGCCGACGUCAUGGUUGCCGCCGAGCAGGCCGGAAAGGUCGGCGCUCAGCUCCAGGCCGUCGAGGACAACUGGAUGGCCCAGGCCAAGCUCAAGACCUUCGACGAGGCCGUCGUCGAGGCUAUCAACGCCGGACAGUUCUCCGACAAGAAGGGCACCAUCGCCAAGUACCUCGCCGAGGCCAAGGGUAAGGGUAACGGUGAGGCCAGGGCCAUCGCCAGGCGCAUCACCGGCUUCGAUCUCUACUUCAACUGGGACGCCGCCAGGACGAGGGAGGGCUACUUCAGGCUGAAGGGCGGAUGUGAGUGCGCUAUCAACAGGGCUGUUGCCUAUGCGCCUUACUGCGAUGCCAUCUGGAUGGAGAGCAAGCUUCCCGACUAUGCCCAGGCUGUUGAGUUUGCCAAGGGUGUCCACGCCAAGUGGCCCGAGCAGAAGCUCGCCUACAACCUUUCUCCCUCCUUCAACUGGAAGGCCGCCAUGCCCCGCGACGAACAGGAGACCUACAUCCGCCGUCUCGCCAAGCUCGGCUACUGCUGGCAGUUCAUCACCCUGGCCGGUCUCCACACCACCGCGCUCAUCAGCGACCAGUUCUCCAAGGCCUACAGCCAGAUCGGCAUGAGGGCGUACGGCGAGCUCGUCCAGGAGCCCGAGAUGGACACCGGUGUCGAUGUCGUCAAGCACCAGAAGUGGAGCGGUGCCAACUACGUUGAUGAGCUUCAGAAGAUGAUUACUGGUGGUGUUUCCAGCACGGCGGCAAUGGGUGCUGGUGUGACGGAAGAUCAGUUCAAAUAA